AUGUCACUGCGCGUCCUCUCGUCGCCCUUGAGGCGGUGCCUCCUCACCAACAAGGUCCUGCCGUGCGAGAUGAUGGUCCGCUUCGAGCUCGCCCGGCCGCCCAGCACUUCGACCUCGAGCAACUCGCGACUCGUUCUUCAGCCAUCGCGCGUUCUCCAUCCCCGGUUCGAGGACCGCCUCUCGCGACAAGGCUCGACGGGCAAGGCCAUGUGGGUCACGUGCUGGGCCGAAGCUGUCGCCGUCCUCGCGCAAAAGGGCUCGUACAAGCGUCUCAACUCGUCCGCCGUCAUGCUCCCUCCACGAGCCGUCACGGCGCACGUCCACUCGCUCCUCGCGCGGCGCGUCGCCCACGAGGCAGAGCUCGUCGCCGAGCGCGUCAAAGCGUGGCCGGCGGCGUCGAUCCCGGACGUGCGACGAGCACCGGUGCUGCGCGUGCGGGUAGACGAACUCGAGAGCACGGCGCGCGAGCUCGACGCCGCCGGUCGGCGGCUCGUCGGCGUGCUCGACCUGUCGCCUUUGCCGUCGACGGGCGAGGUCGCCGAUCCUGCGCCUCGAGGACCGUUCAGCUCCAACGUUCCUCUCGCCUCUGCCGCCUCGUCAGCCCGCCGUUACCACCUCCCGACCUUCCUCACCGGCCUCGUCCUUCCACCUUCCUCCCUUUCUCCUCCCUCACCGACCGCCGACCCGCCCGAUCCCUCAGCUCACCUCCUCGCCCUCACCCGUCACCCACUCGACAGCCUCGUCGACUUUCUCUCGCGCCGCCUCGCCCGCCUCGACUCGACCUCGUCCCCUUCCCCGCCCCCACCGAGCGAGGGCGACCUCUUCGUCCUGUCGGCGCCCAAGGCGUGCGACGACGCGGCGGCGCAGCGCCAGGCCGAGGACCUCGUGCCGCUCGUGCUCGCGCUCGAGCGGUGCAGGAUGUGGAGCGGCGAGGCGUGGGCGGGCGAGAGGGGGGAGGAGGAGGAGAACGCGUCGUGA